AUGAAUUUGAACGUCUCCGUUGGGGACUUUCAGGGGGGUGCAUUGUGGCUGGAGUCAGCAACAGGCACUUUGUGGCGCCAGCCACCAGGCAGCCAGCACUGGGUGAAGGGCGAAGAGGUUCAGACUUUUCGUAAUCCCGUUGCUUUUCCAGCGUGUGCCUGGCAUGAAACCAUGCCAUUCGUGGGUACUAGAUGGUCCAUCACUUGUUACACGUUGCCCCAUGUGCCAGCGGGUACAUUAGCCAAUCUUGGCUUUCCGGAGGUAUCUCCGGAGCAACUUCCUCGUGUAUCGCAGACACAGGAGUCAGCUGCCGCAUCCGCGGUUCAUUCCAGUGAGCCAAUCUCAGCCCUGCCACCGGUGGUGGCCACACAGCGGCACCCUCUUUUCUUCUUGGAUCUUUUCGCCGGUGCAGGUGCACCACUCUGUCAGGAGGCCGCACGUCGGGGUUGGGCGUGUGUUCCCAUAGAUAUUCUACAUAACAAGGCAUCAGACUUACGUGAUGAUCGCAUCUUCGAUAGCCUCUUGAAGCUUUCCCACUCAGGUGCAGUAGCGUUUGCAAACGCAUCCCCUCCUUGCUGCGAAUACAGCAUUGUGAAGCAGUUUGAUGGCGGACCGCCACCCUGCCGAUCAUGGGAAUGCUUGGCAGGCUUUCCCUCCAACAAUGACGAAGCCCAGGAGCGUGUUCGAUCCAGCCACCUUCUGUUAUCUCGGGCAGUCAUGCUCUUGCACGCUGUAUAUCAGAGUGGCAAUCACGUAAGCUUAGAACAACCCCGUAACUCUAUGGCUUGGGCUGAGCCCGUGACUCAGGCUUUCCUUCUGGAAAUUGCGGCGGAUGUGAUUCAGGUUGCAGCCUGCAGUUAUGGUUCGAGCUAUGCAAAGUACUGGGCCUUCGCCACCAGUUGGCGACCUUUACAGCAAUUGCAAAGUACUUGCCAGCACGCUGCGGGUCAUCAUGAUACGUUUCACGGUAAACGUGACGCCACAGGCCAGUUCGUGUCUCGGCAUACGGCGGUGUUCCCUCCCAUGCUGUGCAAUGCGUUCAUGGAGGCCAUUAGCCCGUUGUUCCCAGAGAACUCACAUGCUACCGACUUCACGUCAUUGGAUCAGGCACUUUCUGCAUUGCCAAUUCGCCCCUUGAACGAUUUCCCGACUGGCCAGCAGGAUGGUGGCGGCAUUUACAGCCAGCCCGACUGGACUUCUCCUCCGGCGGGGUCAAAGGAUACUUUCCGCCAGUUGCGUCAAGAUAUGUGGGGGUUUUUCAAAGCGCAUAAACUUUUUGAUCGCCUUCGCAAACAUGUCAGCCAGUCAUCGCAAGAGCCUCUCAUUCAGCAGCAUGAGCUCCCUGCAUUGCGGUCGAUUUGGGAAGAUUGGUUUAGAGCCCAGGGCUUCACGGAUUCAGUUUCAUGGGAGGUCGCGCCCGACCAGCCUUACUGUCUUCAGGCACUUGAGCUUCUGAGCAAGGCUCUUGACGACCGUGAUGUGGCACUUUGGAAGGACUUACAGGCUGGGGUGCCAACGGGUGUUGAUGGUGACAUUUCUAUGAGCAACUGUUUCUUGCCUACCCCAGCGCAUUUCGAUCCAGAAGAUUUUGAUGUGGCCAAACUUUUGCAAAGCUUGAUGCAAGUGCUCCGGUCCGACCCUUGUACCAAGCGCGAUUUGCAGGCUCUCAUCGGUCUCCUUCACUGGAUAUUACAGAUGUCGCCCGAGUUGCUACCGUGGCUGUGCUGCUUGUACCACGACAUGUCUCGUCCCUUGGGCACAAAUUUUUCUUUGCAUGCAGGCGCCUGGCAACAGCUAGCAGACACCUUGACGGAUGACUUGCAUUUCCGCAAAUCGCCACCAGGGUCGACCAUCCCCCCGGGCAGCAAGUUGUUGAGUGCUCGCCAUGUGGAAAUCAAGUGCAAAGCGGACUUGCGCUUGGUGCGGGCCACAGGCAAACGUGUCUGGAUUCGUGUGGCGGAUGCAUCAUCUAGCAAGCGUCGAAUCAGCACGGUGAGCAGACAGUUCAUCAUGUUCUGGGUGCACUUUUGCAUGCGGCCUCAGAUGCCCCGCUGCUUGUCUUUGCCGCCUUUGGACUUUCAGUAUUCAUUAGCUGCUGACGCUUGUGCUAAGGGCAACGACAUUGGGAUUGGCGGAUGGGUUGAAUUGCCGAAUCAGCCCAUUGUUUGGUUUUCCGAAUGGUUUACGGUCCAAGAUUUCCGUGCGCUGGGAUUGCCCAUGAAAGAUGAUGCUAAUUUGGACAUUACAGCGUAUGAGACGCUGGCACAACUGGCUCUCUUGAUCGCUUUCAUUUCCAUCACUCCUACUGGGCGACUUCGGGUAUGCAUCCCAUCUUGGUCGGAUAAUUUGGGGACCGAGUCCUUGACGAACAAGCUUUUCACAGUACAUACACCGCUGUGUUUCUUUGCUCAGAAACUGGCUACGCGGAGUUGGCAGUCUGGAAUCUCUCUUGAUUGUACACACAUCGCGGGAUGUCACAAUGAUACAGCUGAUUUCUUGAGCAGGUGGAAAGGCGACUUGCAGGAACUUCCUUCCCGGUUCAUCUUGGAUCACCGGGUUCGUUGCCCACUCACAGUCUUGUGGGAGGGCGAGCGAGAUGUUCGCGUUUUCCCGCCAGAUGCUAACUUGCUUUGGCAGCCGCCUGUAUCGUCCUUCAAUGCACACAGCGUGUGA